GGCCCGAGCAGGCGUGAUUUCUAUUAUACCCGAAAAGGGAACUAUUGUCCCACGGGCCACGCGAUCGGCCCGCACUACGGACGCGCUCUUGUUCUCCGCGUUCAUCACUCCAACCAUAGUUGGAAGUACUCGUCCCCAACGAUGGUCAAUUACGGCGGAGAUGAGGUAUCUGCCCUCGUCCUGGACCCCGGCUCCUCGUCCGUUCGUGCUGGGUAUGCGGGGGAUGACACCCCUCGCGCCAUCAUCCCCUCCGACGUCGGUCACCGGCUCUCUGCAAUCAAUGACGACGCGACUCUAGAAGAUGUUCCCAUGGCUGACGCGUCCGACGCGGGGGCGACGCUCGCCGAGAAGGAACGCGCCAUUGCGAAGAGGAAGGCCGUUCUCAGCCGCCUGUUCGUCAAUCAGAUCGGCCCGUCGAUGUACAGGGAUGGGAUGGAGGUGACGAACCCGAUGAAGGAUGGCAUGGUGAAGGACUGGGAGACGUUCUCUGGCCUCGUCACGAAUGCGUUCCCCGACAUCAUGCGCGUGAAUUUGACGGAGCACCCAGUACUUGCCACAGAACCGCCCUGGAACAGCCCCGCGAACCGCGAGCGGAUGGCGGAGAUAUUCUUUGAGGAGCACCAGGUCCCCGCCUUCUAUAUUGCCAACACUGGCGUCUUGAACUCCUUCGCGGCGGGAAAAGGCUCCGCUCUUGUAGUUGACAUCGGCAGCAAGAUGGCGAGCGUCACACCCGUGGUUGAUGGGUUCGUGCUACGGAAAGGCCUCAACUACUCAAGUAUACCCGACUACGUCCACCGCCUCGCACACGACGUCCUCGUCAUGCCCUCACAACAUCGCAAGGGCAUCGACCUCCUCCCCCAAGCCUUUAUCUCCAACAAGCAGCCCGUCGAGCCCAACGCAGACCCACGGUUCACCCUCCGGCAAGACCUCUUCGAAAAGUCGACGAAGACGUACAGGGACUGGGCAGAAGCGCGGGAGGUCGAUGAGUGGUUGCAGAGCGUGGGCGGCGUGUUGGAGACGGGGUGGAAUGAUCAGGUCGCGAUACGACACGGGUCGAAGCAGUACGAGUUCGCUACUGGUUAUAGCACGUACUUCGGUCCGGAGCGGUAUAUCAUUGGCGAGCAGUUCUUCAACACGAAUGUCGGGCAAAACUGGGUCCGCCCACCAGGGCCGAUACCCAAGACGCUCAUGCACAUGCUGGACGCGGCGCUGAAAGCCUGCGAUCCUGAGUUGCGGCAAAUCCUGAUGAGCAACGUCGUCGUGACCGGCGGCGGUUCGCUGCUCACCGGGCUCACGGAACGUCUGGCGCAUGAGCUCAAAAAUCACUACCCAUACGCCAAAAUACAUGCGCCAGGUAACCCUAUUGAAAGACGAUAUGGUGGGUGGCUAGGAGGAAGCAUCCUGGGAAGUCUGGGCAGCUUCCACCAGUUGUGGAUUAGCAAGGAGGAGUGGGAGGAGCACGGGAAGGCGAUCGUCGGACAAAGAUGCAAGUAGGCUCAGUGUAAUCAUCCUGUCUGUAUGCUUUGCGAUGCUCUUGAUAUACGGUAUUUGACUGGGUCAAUUUGGAUAUGGCGCGCUUCGGUGAGUCAUGCUGGCUCGCUUUGUACUGACAUGAUUGCGCAGGUCAAAGUGCGAAAGGGAUCCAGAUAGAAAGCUCGUAUCAUGAAGGAAGUACGACCAGAAGGUUAAGACGCAUCGACAACCUUCACCUCGGUGACCGUGUCGUGGUCGGUGGCGGUCUUGCCCUUGACAUCGGUCACAGCGAGUUUCUUCAUCGCGGCGUCGAGGUCGCCGGACUCCUUCGCUGGGCCCUCCUGCGCAUCCUCGAAGUGAUCGUCUUCUGACUCAUCCUCGCUAUCCUUCUCGCUCCCCUCGCUCACGCCCUCCUCGUCG